UUCGCUUUAUGGCAACAUAGCCAUUUAAUACGAGUCACGAAUGUGUGAGGGCUCUUGGUAGGAGCGCAGUAUGCAUCAAUAAUUAUGAAGUUUUAGUGCUACUUUUAAUUUAUGCAUAUAGGACCUCAGGAGACUAGCUAAAAGGUUAGCUGAUCUGUGCAGGCUAACAAGCUAGCAGCGGUACUUUGGGUUUACUGAUGGGAAAUAGUCCGCAGCUGCCUCAGUUGGCUGCUCUGAAUGACACCGCUAACAAGCUAAUGAUGACCAGUGGUUCAUCGUCUGAAUUUGUGCGAAGUCUUUCUGGGAAUGGACUUAAGAGGAAUUAAUGAAGAGGCAUGGAAAGUAGCAAGGAUGUCAUUUCGAGCACCGGGUCUUUGUGUUAUUUACAAAUGAACACACAUAGUGUAGGAUUAGCUUGUUUUCUACGUGGAUCGACGGCAUUUGCACCGUCCAGCUGCCUCAAAGACGAGCGUCGGUGAUGCUGCCGAUCGUUGGUCAAAUGCCCUGGUUGUGCGAAUUGGGACAGAGCACCCAAACUAUAUAAUAAACCAUGAAAAACUGCGAGUAUCAGCAGAUCGACCCGCAGGCACUUCCGACUCCAACACCGACCCCUCCACCUCGUCAUGGAAGCGACAGUGACAAGAGAGAGGAGCCGAGGAGACCGAGGAGAAAGUGGGAAGUUUUCCCCGGAAAGAAUCGCUUCUACUGCGAUGGACGGAUCAUCGUGGCGCGACAGAGCGGGGUCCUGCCCCUCACUCUGGGCCUCAUUCUCGUCACAAGUGGAUUAUUCUUUAUAUUUGACUGUCCCUUCCUGGUCAAACACCUGACCAGCUGCAUACCUGUUAUUGGAGGAGGCCUCUUUAUCUUUGUGGUCAUCACCUUGCUCCAGACCAGCUUCACUGACCCUGGCAUCCUGCCGAGAGCAACUCCAGAUGAGGCUGCUGACAUUGAGAAACAGAUUGACAACUCUGGAAACACCAGCUAUCGGCCUCCACCGCGCACCAAGGAAGUCCUCAUCAACCAGCAGGUGGUGAAGCUCAAAUACUGCUUCACCUGCAAGAUGUUCCGGCCUCCGCGCACCUCCCACUGCAGCCUGUGUGACAACUGUGUGGAACGAUUCGACCAUCACUGUCCUUGGGUGGGGAACUGUGUGGGAAAACGCAACUACCGUUUCUUCUACACCUUCAUCGUGUCGCUCUCCUUCCUGACGGCGUUCAUCUUCGGCUGUGUGACCACACAUCUAGCCCUGAGGGCUCAGGGUGGAAAAGGCCUGGUGUUCGCUCUGCAGGAGAGUCCAGGCAGUGCAGUGGAGCUGGUGAUAUGUUUCUUCUCAGUCUGGUCCAUCUUGGGCCUCUCAGGCUUCCACACAUACCUGGUCGCUUCCAACUUGACCACGAAUGAAGACAUUAAAGGCUCCUGGUCAGGGAAGAGUGGAGAAAAUGUCACCAACCCGUACAGUCAUAAAAACAUCUUUGUCAACUGUUGUACUAUGCUCUGUGGACCCAUGCCACCCAGCCUGAUCGACAGACGAGGCUUCCUGCCGGCGGAUGAAUCCGUCCAGACAGCCGGCACGGACAUUGAGCUGCCCACUCUGGCCACUAAAAGCGAGAUAAACGUGUGCACACAGGGAACUAAAGGUCUGCUGGAGUCGGCCACUCGCUCCCCGCUCCUUUCCGCCUCAUGUCCUCAGGGGAAACCUCAGACGGCUCAUACCUGCCCAGACAACAGCCCCGCCGUGAACUUUGACCCCUCACCGGAGCUCUCCACGAGCUGCGGGGUGCGCCAUACCGCUAGCUCCCAAGGGGACACCUCUCCGCCGCGUCAUGCCAAGAGUCGGUCAAAAAAAAGCAAACAAGCGGCUUUGCAUAUUCCCAACCCCGCCUUCGAUGUCCCCGUGUCCCCUACCUCUCCAGACGCUGGCCCCAGCUCCACAGCCAGGGGCCACAAAGGUGCCAGCUUCUCCCCUUUGCACUGACUGACUGGAAUGACAGCUUUCUCAAGUGAAAACACACAUUGUUUCAAGCUUGCAUGCUGUGACACAGUCAGAUACAAGUGGUAUGAAAUCAAAAUUUUCUUUACUGUUUGUUGGUUCUCUGAAAGUCAAGGUCGAGCCAUCGUGUCCGAGGAUGACAAUCACAAAGAUGUGGAAUCGUGUGAUCAGUUUGCAGUGGAAAUAUGAACACUAAAGCAGAGGGGGCCAAGAUUAUUUUGGCUGUAAGGGAUGAAAAGCACACGAUACGAUGACAUUUGUAAGUUGGAGGCAGUGGUGUUCUGAUAGAGCCAUAUGUCUUUCUGAUGAUUCUCAUGUCAAACAUGAAUAUUACCAGCAUGUCACGUCCAUCAAAUAUUAUGAAAUAGCAGCUUUGACGUGCGAGGUGGACAAAUUUUGGUUUCUUGAAAAGCUUUGAGAGCUAAAGGUCAGGAUUGGUAUGCAUCUGCAAGGAAAAAAGUUGCUCUCAAAGGGAAAGUCCAUCCCAAAUCUACAAUUCACAUGUCAUUUCUAUAGCUUUGUAGAGCUCAGUCUGUAGUGCGAACUCAGGCCAGUUUCUCCAGAAGCUGAACAACAAAGAGGCACUUUGCACUGAUGGUGUCUGGUUGAGGCAUAUAGGCACUGAAUAAUGGAACAAGUCAUGUUAAGUCAACGGCAGCUAGGGAGAGCUUUAAAGGAUAUGGAGAUAUCUUGAGAUCCAUAUCUGAAAGCUGCAUGUUCAAACUCUUCUGGAUGUACAGAUGGGCGACUAAAGGAAAAAUACCUCGUAAAAAAUUCAGAAGAGCACCUUCUGUGCUCCUUGCCAUAAAUUGUCCUACUCUGUGGAAGUUGCUGGAGGGAUGAACACCAGGCUGAAUUACCAACUGGACGUCAAACUUUCAGGAAGCCCUUGUUAACUGUAUGGCAGCUAGUUUGAGGGGAUUUGAUUAAUACAGGGGCCAAAGGGUCCCUCUUGCCCUGGGCCCUUUAGCACGUUAAAUCUGGCCCUGGAUGGAAAGCACUGUCUAACACAAAUUUCCAGUAGGUGUUCAGUUGGGUUGAGAUUUAGUGACUAUGAGGACCCUGGCACAAAAGUCACAUCAUUUUCAAGCCUCUGCAUUUUUUUUAUGCUUCUACACACAUUUAUUUUAGUUUUCCUUCAUCACACACCUGUAAUAUCUCAGACAAAGAUACACGAGCCCAUUGAGUUCAGUCAGUUAUUCAUUAUAAUUGAACCAACCCCCCAAAAAUCACAUGUGACGUCAUCAUCACAGCCUUCCUCGUCUGAAGGUGUACUAUCCAGAAGUUUGAAACUGCACGUGUGAAUUCUGUCUUUGUGUGGACUUUCCCUUUAACUUUGCUCCAACAGCACAGCGAGCCAAGCGUGUGUCAGGUGGAUCGUUGUGUGUUUGUGCUGUGUAAAUGGCAGUGAAUGCAACUGCAUGACAAUGACUAGAGAUGUAUUUUAUGGUAUUUUUGUUUAUUUAUAUCCAUUCAAAUAUCGGAUUAUACACCUGAGAGUUCCUAUACCACUUUUUAUUUGUGAGAAGCUGUGAUUUGGAUUCCUGAAUAUAGCUGUGUACCUGAGCUGAAGCAGUGUUGUUCAUUGCCUGUGCUGCACCACCUCCUGCUUGUGUUAUCAGUAACGUUACACAAUGAUUUAAGGCUCCUUUUCAAAUGUCCCACUUUGUAUCAGCAACAGCAAUACCUGCUCUCUCCUCCUUAAAACUGUUUUACUUUGUGCGCUAAGACAAAUCUGAGAAGGUCUAUGUGAACGGUGGCUGUGUCGGUCUGUUCUCUGGUGGAAGUAGGGGUUAGAUAUUCAAUAUGCAAGUUCUGUGUGUCAUGAAUCAUGUUUAUCCACAUUGUAACCUGAUGGCAAUAGCUGCACAAAAAUGCAACGAACCCAACGAUCAUCUCCAUGCACUGAAAUGUAGGCACACACACACGCACUGUUUGUCUGUAGUUCACCUUAGGAGUGUUAAUACUGAGUAGAGAAGCAUCUCCUCGUGUCAGAAGUCAUCCCAACACCUCGUAGAUGUCGCUGAGAGCGAGCGAAGCGGUGCAUUUCUGAGCAGAAAAACACUGUACUGUAUUUGUUCAAACUGUAAGGU